AUGGAUGGUACAAUGAGGAUGUGCAUUGAUUAUCGGCAAUUGAACAGGGUCACCAUUAAAAACAAGUAUCGAUUGCCUUCUAUUGAUGAUUUGUUCAAUAAGCUUCAAGGUAAGACGAAUACAUUAGCGGAUACCUUGAGUACAAAGGCAGAGAGUACGGAUAGUUUGGAAUUUAUUCUAACAGAGGAGAGACCUUUGGCUAUGGACACGGUGCAGCAAGGUGGUACCAAGAAGGUAGUUCUUGGAGAUGAUGAUGUCAUGCAACUUCAGUGUCGACUUUUUGUUCCUAAUGUUGAUGUCUUUAGCGAUUUGAUACUUCAGGAGGCUCACAGUUUGUGGUAUUAUAUUCAUCCAAGUGCUAUGAAGAUGCAUCGUGAAUUAAAGCAACAUUAUUGGUGGAGGAGGAUGAAGAAGGACAUUAUUGGGCUUGUUUCGCAGUGUUUGAAUUGCCAUCAAGUUAAGUAUGAACAUCAGACACUAUAUGGUUUGACUCAGAAGAUGAUUAUACCGGAGUAG